CCCCAUUCCCCUUUUCUUUUCUCAUCUUAUUUUGUUGUAAAGAAGUAAGAAACACAGCAGAGGACGUGCAAUAAAGCACACCCCGAAAGCCAAUUCCUUUUCCGCUCUUUCGUGGCCCUUUUCUUCUACUGAUUCCCUCAAAAAUUGCGCCGAGAACUUAGUCCGAUCAGGCAAUAAUCAUGCGUUUAGCAGACAGAUGAAGGUAUUCCACAUAUUUCGUCACUUAUCGACCACUGUCAAGUUCUGAGUUUGGCGUCAGAUUUAAUAAUCCUGGAUUUACCGAAUUGACAGCUCCUUUUCCGAUAAGGUGCUUUGUCUUUGUUAAUUUCCGAGGUCUGAUGCAUGAAAAUGGAAAGGAGUACAAAAUCAGGAGUGUUGAAGAAGAAAAGUCCUUCGGGAUGUUUGAUUGUCAAGAAGAAAAUUGGGAAUGAGAAUUCAGGAGGGGGCUCAGGGGGUCUGGGUGGCGAUUUUAAGGCAGAAAACAGGGAUAGGUUGGUUGAAACUGAUUCGGGCUUGGGCCCGAGCUCCAGGUCGGGGUCGAGUGAUGAGGAUGUGCCAUUGGAGUUUAUGAGGCGAAAGGUUAAUGAGAGGAAGUUGAAUAAUAGUUUGAAAUCUCAUAAAAGAGAUAAUCUUGAAGACAGAGAGUACGGUGGGGACAGUGUUGGUACUGACAUUAGUAAUGAAAGGAAAAGGUGUAGGUUGGAGUUGUUUGAUUUUGACGAAUAUGACGAAUUUGAACCUAAGAAGAUGAUGAAUUCGUAUUUCGAGAAUAGGUUUAAGACUAUUGAGCAGAAGUACAGCAGGAAUGUGAAGGAAGUUGGUUCUGGCUCAUCUAAUGGGAAUAUUCGAAAUACUGGUAGUAGAAGUCAAAGAGGGUGGAAGGAUGAAAAUGUGAAGAAUGAAAAAAAUAUCGCACUGGUUGAGGAUGGAGAAGAAAUGCCCAUUUCGAUUUUAAAGUCGAAGUUUCAGAAAACGGCUGGCGAGCAAAUCAGGAGGCAGGGGAACAAUGGGGUUUUGAAGGUUAUGGUGAAAAAGAAGAAAAAGGUGGAUUUUCCUUCUCAGACUAAAAAUGAUGACUCUUUUGACCUUAAAGAAAGAAAAGGUUCGAUAUCUGAUGAUGUAGCCAAGGACUUGUUCGCUGACAAUGGGACAAGUGCUGAGAAAAAGAAAGUGGAGAAGAUAAAAGGAGGCAUAAUAGUAUAUAAAUCGAAGAAAAGGAUGAAAAAUGAGGAAGAAAGAUCUUCACCUCCAAAGAAUCCGACUCCUCUGAAAGGUAAAGAAGGAAAAGAAAGCAAAGCCCAGCGUAGUGGGAGUACCGAAAAGCAAAAGCUGCGUGAGAAGAUUAGAAGGAUGUUAGUUAAUGCUGGGUGGACUAUAGAUUAUAGACCAAGGCAUAAUCGAGAUUAUCUAGAUGCUGUCUACAUUAACCCUGGUGGGACAGCCUACUGGUCUAUUACAAAGGCUCAUGACGCACUUAAAAAACAGUUAAAAGAUGAAGAUGGAAAACAUAAUGUGGAACUGGGAUCCCCAUCGUUUGCACCUCUAUCCGAAGAUCUCAUUAAUAAACUUACAAGACAAACCAGAAGGAAAAAAAAGGAUGGAAUCAAAAGGAAAAGAGAAGAAGAUAAGUUUGACGAGACCUUAGAUAGCGAUGAAAAUGAUGUUGAUUCAAUUGAAGGUUCCCCAAAGAGGAAGAGAGACAAAGUUAGAGUUGACAGGUCAUCCAAGGGUUUGAACUCUAAAGCAAUAGAAAGGUGUACCCUUAUGGUCCGUUGUCAUGAUAAUGGGGAUAGCUCGGAUUCUGAUGGAUAUAUUCCAUAUUCUGGGAAGAGAACUGUCUUGACCUGGUUGAUAGACUCUGGGAAAGCAAGCUUACGUGAGAAGGUGCAGUAUAUGAACCGUAAGAGGACUCGGGUCUUGUUAGAAGGGUGGAUCACAAGAGAUGGUAUCCACUGCAGCUGUUGCAGUAAAAUUCUUACUGUGUUAGAGUUUGAGGUGCAUGCUGGUAGCAAUUUGCGCCAGCCAUUUCAGAAUAUAUUCUUGGAGCCUGGUCCAUCCCUUUUGCAGUGCUCACUUGAUGCCUGGAAUAGUCAGGAUAAAUCUUUGCUUCGGGAUUUCUUCAGGGUUGAUGUUGAUGGUGAUGAUCCGGAUGAUGACACGUGUGGAAUUUGUGGGGAUGGGGGUGAUCUUAUCUGUUGUGAUAGUUGCCCUUCGACCUUUCAUCAGAUCUGUUUGGAGAUGCAGGAGCUUCCUUCAGGGGAUUGGCACUGUUCAAACUGUACUUGCAAAUUUUGUGGCAGUGUAAAUGUUUUUGAAGAAAAUGAGAGUGCUGGGGAUGAACUUAACGGAUGCAGCUUCUGUGAGAAAAAAUAUCACAAAUCAUGUGGUGAAAAGGCGGGUGCUCCACCUUUGAGUUCAGGAGGUGCAUCUUUCUGUGGGGUGAAAUGCCAAGAGCUCUAUGAUCAUUUACAGAAGAUCCUUGGAGUUAAACAUGAAUUGGAAGCAGAAUUUUCAUGGUCUCUUAUUCAACGAAAAGACAUAUCUGAUACUUCUCAGUGUGGAUUUCCACUAAGGGUGGAGUGCAACUCUAAGCUAGCUGUUGCAUUAUCUGUCAUGGAUGAAUGUUUCUUGCCCAUUAUUGACAGGAAGAGUGGGAUAAAUUUGAUUCAUAAUGUUGUCUAUAAUUGUGGAUCAAAUUUUAACCGGCUGAAUUAUCGUGGAUUUUAUACGGCUAUUUUGGAGCAGGGUGAUGAAAUAAUAUCUGCGGCAUCUAUCAGGUUUCAUGGUGACCGUUUGGCUGAGAUGCCAUUUAUUGGGACUCGUGCGAUCUAUAGGCGUCAAGGAAUGUGCAGACGCCUUUUAUCCGCCAUUGAAAAAGAACUUUCUUCCCUUAAGGUUGGACAGUUGAUUAUUCCCACCAUAUCAGAGCAUAUGAACACGUGGAUUAGGGAUUUUGAUUUCCAAAAACUUGAGGACGUACACAGGAAAGAAAUAAAGUACAUGAACAUGUUGUUGUUUCCAGGGACAGAUUUGCUACAGAAACAGUUAUUGAAGCAAGAAAACUCUGAUGGCGUGAAGGUCUCUGACUCAAUGAACAAUCAACCUCGCUUGCCCAUUUUAGUCGAAAAGCCCGAAAAACAGGCAAACAAUGAUUCUGUUCACACCCAGGAAGCAACACCCCACAAACCCGAGAUUGAAAUCGAGCAUGAAGAAUUGACCGACUACUUGAAAUGCUCCCCUAUUCCAGCUGAAACCAAUCCGUGCCAAGUCAAAGCUCCUUCCACGGAUUCUGUUAGUGCCGUCACUUUAGAUAGUUCAAAACCUGAAAAUGCUUUGGUUCAUGUCGAGAUUGUUGAAGAUGCUGGCCUAACAAAAACCAAAGAUAAAGGCAAUAAGGGCUCUGACUCAACUAACAAUCAACCCCGGUUGCCCAUUUCUUCUGGAAAGGAAGAUAAACAGGCGAGCAGUGAUUGUGGGCCGUGUCUCGAGCCCAAGGCUAACAGCAAAGUCGAAACAGUAGAUUCUGGUUCUGCAUCACCAACCAUAUCUUCAAUGACUACUCGUGAGGAAGAUAAAGCAGCACCUUCUUCUGUUUUAGGCGCUAAUAGUGAACCUGAGAUUAUUCUUAAGACCCAAGAGGAAACUUAUGUCAAGCUAGAGAUUGAAAUUGAUCAAAAAGGAUUUUCAAAACACUCGAAAUGCUUCCCAAGUCCUGCUGAAAUCAAUGCUCACGAAAUUGAAACUCAUUCCGUGGACUCUGUUAGUGCCGUUACUGUAGAAAGUUCAAAAUCUGAAAAUGCCGAGGUUAAUGUCGGAAUUUCUAAAGAUGCUGGCCUUACUAAAACUGAAGAAGUUUGCAAUGAAUCUCUUCCCAGUACAGAUACAACUAAAGUCAAUGGGAAACCCGAUGAAGAAAAUGGGGCGCCUCAGGCAGUUAAUGGGGAAUUUGCUUCUGUUUCAUGUUGUGAAGAUUCAACUCAGAAUAAAGAUGCAAAUGAAGAUCGUGUCUGAGUGAUGUUCAGAUGAAAACUCGCUAAUUAGCACUUUGACUCGCUUUGGUUCGCAUCUGAAGUUUCCAGAUGGGGACUUGAUAAAUGUUACCCGUCCAUGCCAUUUAUGCUCAUGGUCGAAUAAAGAUGUUAGUUAGCAGGAAAAAGCAAGUUUGAACUGUUCAGUAAGUUAUAAGGCUCGGCCAGCAAACUGAGUAUUCACUUUUAGGUGUAAAAUUACCAUUGCUGUAUUGUACAUGUUAGAUCAUACUAAGAUGUUUCUUGAUAUAGAACACAGUGCUUAUUUUCUUUUACUGCACAGGCUUUAAGCUAUAGUUUGUAGGAUUCUGGACUUUGCCAUUAUGAUUCAGGUAAAGAAAAGAACUUGGAUGAAACUUGCAUCAGAAAGCUGUAAUCUGGAGUCUAUGUGAAGCUUUUUUCUUUUCUGCAGCUAUUUCACUCCCAAUUCUAUGCAGAAACUAUUCGAUUAUCA